AUGACAUUUAUGACUCUCGAUAGGUUGCCUCCCAUGAUUCACUGCCACUGUGUCCUCGCUUUAAGAACUGUGACACAAUUUCGGCGUUGCUACACGGCUCAUCACGGCCAGUAUGAAAAAGACAGUAACCACUACCCCAUCCUUGUGCCCCCGUCCCCACCCUUCAUCAUCCUUGUGCCCCCGUCCCCACCCUUCAUCAUCCUUGUGCCCCCUUCCCCACCCCUCAUCAUCCUUGUGCCCCCGUCCCCAACCUUCCGCAUCCUUGUGCCCGAGUCCCCACCCUUCCCCAUCCUUGUGCCCCCGUCCCCACCCUUCAUCAUCCUUGUGCCCCCGUCCCCACCCUUCAUCAUCCUUGUGCCCCCGUCCCCACCCUUCAUCAUCCUUGUGCCCCCGUCCCCACCCUUCAUCAUCCUUGUGCCCCCGUCCCCACCCUUCAUCAUCCUUGUGCCACCGUCCCCACCCUUCAUCAUCAUUGUGCCCCCGUCCCCACCCUUCAUCAUCCUUGUGUCCCCGUCCCCACCCUUCAUCAUCCUUGUGCCCUGUCCCCACCUUCAUCAUCCUUGUGCCCCCUGUCCCCACCUUCAUCAUCCUUGUGCCCCGUCCCCACCCUUCAUCAUCCUUGUGCCCCUGUCCCCACCCUCAUCAUCCUUGUGCCCUGUCCCCACCUCAUCAUCCUUGUGCCCUGUCCCCACCCCUCAUCAUCCUUGUGCCCCUGUCCCCACCCCUCAUCAUCCUUGUGCCCCGUCCCCACCCUCAUCAUCCUUGUGCCCCUGUCCCCACCUUCAUCAUCCUUGUGCCCCUGUCCCCACCCUUCCCCAUCCUUCCUUCAUCAUCCUUGUGCCCCUGUCCCCACCCUUCCCCAUCCUUGUGCCCCUGUCCCCACCUUCCCUUCCUUGUGCCCCUGUCCCCACCCUUCCCAUCCUUGUGCCCCCCCCACCCUUCAUCAUCCUUGUGCCCCGUCCCCACCCUUCAUCAUCCUUGUGCCCCCGUCCCCACCCUUCCCCAUCCUUGUGCCCCCGUCCCCACCUUCAUCCUUGUGCCCCCGUCCCCACCCUUCAUCCUUGUGCCCUGUCCCCACCCUUCAUCAUCCUUGUGCCCCGUCCCCACCCUUCAUCAUCCUUGUGCCCCCGUCCCCACCCUUCAUCAUCCUUGUGCCCCCGUCCCCACCCUUCAUCAUCCUUUGCCCUGUCCCCACCCUUCAUCAUCCUCGUGCCCCGUCCCCACCCCUCAUCAUCCUUGUGCCCCGUCCCCACCCUUCAUCAUCCUUGUGCCCUGUCCCCACCCUCAUCAUCCUUGUGCCCCUGUCCCCACCCUUCAUCAUCCUUGUGCCCCUGUCCCCACCCUUCCCAUCCUUGUGCCCCAGUCCCCACCCUUCCCCAUCCUUGUGUCCCCGUCCCCACCCUUCCUCAUCCGUGA